ACAGUUGCGCGAACAACGGUCAGUUGGCGCGCGACUAUCAAUCGCGUCGGGUCCUUGCUCUCCGGGACGUCGGCUCUGAUUGGCCGCAGGUGAAACCGCCGCGGUCCCUCCGGAGAACGUUGCGACUUGGAAGAGCAGGAAAACGCAUUCUUCUCCGCUACGCGUUGUGGUUCGAUAAACGUGCGCGCAUAAACGCUGACUGACGCCAUUCGGAAGAGGUUAUGACGCCGAAAACCCGAUUUACAACCUCGCGGAAGAUCUUCCACUGCCACUGCUGAAGCAAGGAUCGAUCGAUCCCGGAGGAAGACGGAGCACGCGAGGAAGUGACCCCAAGGGAGUAGCGUCGACCAAUCGGCCUCGAGCACGCACUUCAGGGGUGAAGAAUCGCCUGGCUACCUUCCUAGGGACGCUAUUUCAUCCCUUGGAAGUAUCUCGUCACCGAGCCUUAUCAUUGGCCCGACCUCAGGAAGUCGGUAGAAAAAUCGCAUCGACGAAAAGCCAGAUAAUAGGGAAGACGAAGAGGCAUCCACGAGAGCGAUCGAGCUGGACCGCGGCGUGGGCCGAUCGGUCGAAAGCGCGAUUACUAAAAUCAGCCGAGCGGCAAAGCAAUCGGCGGACCUUGAAGAGAACGGUACCUGACCGAUAGCGCGAUCCGAUUUCUUCGAUUUCCUCGACAUUUCCCCCGGUCGGGGUUUAAAAUAGCCAAGGCAAAUCUAGAAAGUCGCGUCAUUCGGGGAGACCGGGCGGAAGAUCGUCGGUUGGAGUCGCUGGACCUAGGGGCCGGUAACGAGGACAGAAAGAGGUGGCCAGGUCCAAUUAGGGAGCCAUUUUGUUAUCCCCUGUUGGUCCUGGAAGAGGACGAAAAUCCAUCCGACACCUCGAGGAACCGAUCGUCCCUACCGUCGACGCUCUUCGAGCCGGUCGUCGGGGUCGGUGGAGGAGGUGGGAGCGGAUGACGGCGGCAUAAAGCAUCGGCACGGUGAACAUCGUGGCCAGUGCAACCGAUCGACCCACUGGGGAACAAUCCUAACCGACGCGAGGAUGUAGACCGUCGGAGGUCUCUUCGAGAUGGACGGGUAACCGGAGGCCAUCGGUCCUGCCCAAAGUGCGAGAUAGGAAGGACUCCUUCCCGAGAGGAACCAUGAAGACCACCGAGGACGUCGUGGCGGUGCCACCGGACGACCUGGCUACCUCCGGCAGAGCCGGUGAUCAGGAGGUCCCCGACGUCGACGCCGACGGCCUCGUCGGCGGCGGCAAGGAAUUCGGACAGAGGACCCUGAGGUCCCUGAAGAGGGGCCUCGGGAAACUCUGGAGGAGACGCAGGGGCAACGCCUCCAUCACCGAGUACGAUCCUUCCUACAAGGUCGCCUACUUGGGGAACGUGCCCACCGGCUGGGCCAAAGGCGAAGGCUGCGUGGAGAAGCCGGUGACGACCCUGUGGAGGAGCUACGUAAGCAGCAGCCGACCUGACGUGUCGAUGCGGUUGACGGUGACGAACGGUGGCCUGACGGCCACGACGAAGGACCACGGGCUGACGGAAUACUGGGCCCACCGGGUGACCUACUGCACGGCUCCGGCCUCGCACCCUCGACUCUUCGUCUGGGUCUACAGGUACGAGGGUCGCCGAUUAAGGCCGGAGCUCAGGUGCCACGCGGCCCUCUGCUCCAAGGAGUCCACCGCCAGGAGAUUGGCCUCCACGCUUAACGCAAGGCUCCAGCAGGCGCUCCUCGAGUUCAGGAGGGACAAGGUCUCCAGGCAGAACGCCAGGCUGUCGCUGGCGAACGCCGUGUACGAGAAUCCUUCGUUACCACGUCGGAAGAUCCUGCUGAGCACCGGAGGUCAGAAUUACCGACCACCGCUGGAGAGGUCGAAGUCGGCGCCGAAGUUGUCCGCCAUCGAGGAGGACACCGUGGCGGAAGAGAUCGAGCAAAAGCGGUUGCUGGACGAGCUGAGGUCCCUGGAGAACGUGGCUCGCAGUUGGCAGGACCAGGAUGGCUGGAGGUUGGCCAGGUUGAUAGAGGCGUUGAACCGCGUGGCCCUGGGGGAGUCAUCCGACGAGAACGGGAGCAUCUCCAGCGGGUGCGACACGGCCAGCACGGCCAACAGCGAGGAACGCACCCCAGGGGUGGAGGAAACGACCGGACAGGAGAGCGCGGAGCCGCGAAGCCCCAGAAGGGUCUUCUUCAGGGACCAAGUUUUGGGCCCCGAAGGUCCCGGAGGAAUCGGACCUCGCAGGAACUCCGAGGGCUCCCCUAACUUCAUGACCUGUGCCGGGAGUCCCAAGUUCCUGGCUUGUUCCGCCAAUAGGAAGCAAUUCUCCAGCAGGGAGGUCGGGGGAGAGGAGGAGGACCCUUUGAGUCGGCUCUUCGAGUUCGAGGAUGUGGAGGACUUCGACGAGGUCGUAGACUACAGGCCCCACGGGGAGAGUCCUCUGCACAGAGGGGAGAGUCUUCAGAGUCUCAGGAACGACCAGUUCCCUGGCGACAAGGCGGACCACUUUAUGGAAGGCGAUGACUUCUUCACCCUGGAUUCCCUUGACGAGGAAGCUGCGGACAGCGACGAGAGCGGGUACGUCGAGGCUCCACCGAAGUCUCUUCUGGGUGGGAAAAAGGAACAGGGUCUGCAGGAGAUCGCAGGCGAGGAAGAGCCCCGGGUCGAAGGAACCUUGCCCUCGGAUCUUGUGGACCUUGGGGAUGGGUCUAGAAAUUGUGACGGCGAUCGGUUCGGGAAGGAGGAGGACGAUCGCCAGAGUCUGCAGAAUUUGCAGAAAUUGCAGAACCGCCAGAGCAACCAACGGGACGAGGUCAACGAAGACCGUCGAAUGGAUUCGGGGCAGAAUAACCAGAACCUGCAGGAUCCGCAGAACUACCAGAACCACCAGAACCUUAAGGACUCGGCGCUUCAGGCCGAGGAGAAUCAAAGGUACCGGGACAAAGAGAGGGCGGACUUCAUCAAGUGCCCCAUCUCCGAGACCAUCAAGAAGCUAGCGAACGCCUCCAUGAGGAGCUCCAAGUCGCUGGAGAUAUCGACCAACAAUUGUCUGAAGGCUCUGAACAACCUCAAGACCUCCAAGUCCUUCGACACGGCCAAGUCCUUGGAUAACAACGAAGAGUCGCCCAGCCUUAUACAGAGGAAGCAGCUGUUAGCCCAGCACGGAGUAACCGUGUAAAUCGUCGCAAAUAAUUAUACAGGAUUUUAUGUAGUCGUUACGAGUAACUCGAUAGGGUUUUAAUCGAUACGUCGAUAACGGGGACCUGGUAAAAAAUUGCGAGUCGUUAAAGGACCAAGGCCAACGAACUUUAAUGGGGUUGUCUUAACGAAAUCUAGGGUCUCCUUAUAGACCCUUUGGAAAGAGAUCCUCCAUCGUGGAUCAGAGGAGGCUGAUCAAUUGUAUAGGGUCGAUUCCAAGUCGGCUGGUCUAAAUGUCGGUGUAAAUAAAUAGGAGGAAGGUGAUCCACUGUUCUCUUUUCGUUUAGAAUAACGUAAACUAGUUUCCCAGGGACGAUCAAGAAGGACAAUAAUCUUUCUAGGACUUUCGACUCGAGGAAUCGCCUUACCUCGACGCAUCCUUCGCGGAGGUGCGACUUCACGAGCGAAGUCUUCGGAAUAUUAACUACGAUUUUGUGCAAAUUACCGCACCGAGGUGCUGUAAUAUUUGCAGUCCUUGCGAAUGAUCAAACUCGCCGUGGCCUUGUGUUUAAGAGAUACAUUGCGGAUUCCGCGAGCACGUUGGUCGGUUAAAUGUAAUCCAAGCAUGUAUUUCGGUGCACGUUCUGUAUUAUGAAAAAAAAAAAAAAAGAAAAAAGAAAGAAAUCACUAUUUAUACGGUUCUGGAUGGCAGGUUAUCCACUUGGAGAUUCGUUGCGAAAGCGGUGACCUGACUGGAACGUGCGUUAUUUUUUGCGUUAGACUUUUGUCUAGACACUUGCAUUAAGUACGACAGGUUGAGGAGAAAUCGUGCACUUUGUAUGAAAGCGACACGGAAGUGUUUAAAACAUUUUAAAUGGUAUACUAGUCUUGUAACGCUCCCGGUCCUCGGUCAAGAACGAUGCAAAGUAUAUGGCUCGGGUACUCAAAGUGCUUAAGGAUUUACGAUGACUCCCUAGAGUCUGGUUGAUGGUUCUCAAGAUCGUUUAUCCUUCGAGGGAUUCAAAGCAUCGAAUUUCAAGAUGAGCCAUCGGCACGAAGGCUUCUUUGACCAUCAUACGAUGAAAACGUUGAGGCCCCCUUAAGGUGUCGUCGUUCAUCGCGGAAUUUCAACCUUUCACGGGACGACAUCCUCGUCUCGUUAAUUCGACCCGAACUUAAGUUAUGCGCAUAACCAAAUGUAUCGUAGUCUAACAAGCACAGGUAUUCCAAAAAACAUUUCCGCAAAUGUUUCUAUAUGGUAAUCAAAACUAAAACGGACCUGAAUCGUCGCGCAACUGCGGUCGCGUAGGAAACUAAAUGACUGUAAAGAUAUGAGCAUAAAUAUAUUGAAUAUUCUACAA